AUGUCUUCACUCUGGGCACCCGCCCCGCCGCCUCCCACUAAACUUGGCCGUCAUCGCCGCCUCUCCACGCUCGCCGGCGUGCACGUCUCCCCGAUCUGCCUCGGGGCGAUGAGCAUCGGCGACAAGUGGACGGAGAACCUGGGGGUGUCGAGCAAAGAGAGCAGCUUCGCGCUGCUCGACGCGUUUUACGCGGCUGGGGGCAGCUUCAUCGACACCGCGAACAACUACCAGGACGAGAGCUCGGAGGAGUUCCUGGGUGAGUGGAUGGACACGCGCGGUGUGCGCGACCAGAUGGUCGUCGCUACCAAAUUUUCGACUGAUUUCAAGAGGGGCAGGACCGACAUAAAGCAGCAUACUUCAUAUGUGGGAAACAGCAUGAAGUCGCUGCACAUCUCGGUGGAGCAGUCGCUCAAGAAGCUGCGCACGAGCUAUAUCGACAUCCUCUACGUCCACUGGUGGGGCUACGACACUAGCAUCGAAGAGCUUAUGAACGGCCUGCACGCACUGGUGCAGGCGGGCAAGGUCCUCUACCUCGGCAUUUCCGACACCCCCGCGUGGGUCGUCGCGAGCGCGAACAGGUACGCGCGCAUGAGCCACCAGACGCCCUUCGCGGUGUACCAGGGCGCGUGGAACGUGCUCCAGCGCGACUUCGAGCGGGAGAUCAUCCCGAUGGCGCGUGCGGAGGGCAUGGCGCUCGCGCCCUGGAACGUCCUCGCGGGCGGCAAGAUCAGAACGGACGAGGAAGAGGAGCGUCGCCGCGAGACAGGCGAGAAUGGUCGCACAACGCGGGGUCCUCAGUGGGAGCGCAACGAGACGGAGCGCAAGGUCACGAAGGUGCUCGAGCAAGUCGCCGCGCAGGUGGGCGCGUCGAACAUCCAAGCUGUCGCGAUAGCGUACGUGAUGCAGAAGACGCCGUUCGUCUUCCCGAUCGUUGGCGGACGUAAAGUCGAGCACCUCCACGCUAACCUAGAAGCACUCGAUGUUGUGCUCGCGGACGAGCACAUCAAGCAGAUCGAAGGCGCCGUGCCAUUCGAUCUCGGGUUCCCCCACAGUAUGAUCGGCGAUGGAACGGACUAUUGGUUCGGGUUCAAGAGCGCAGGGACGUUCGAUGCGUGUCCGCUCGCCCAGGCAAUUCGCCCCGCGUCGUCGAAGUAG